AUGCGUGGCAUUCAUUUUGCGUUGUUCGCGGUGACUGUGGUCGCGGUCGCGGGGAAUCCCUUGGACAACUCCAGGCAGUCCCUGCAGUGCAAGAACAUCGCCAGGGACGUGAUCAUAAACAGCUGCAAGGGACCAAGGAUCAAACGGUCCUUGGACCAGUCAGAACUCAUGAAGAUUGUCCAAGAGAUGUCGAAGUUUGAUCAGCCAGAAUCGGUGGGGACAAAUGACGACCAAAUACAGGUGAAGCGAGACUACUACUUGCUGGAGCCUAGGACCGGCUUGCUUCCUCCCUUGGCUUUCGGACUUCCGGGACAGAGCUAUAUGCAGGACAAGUACCACCAAUCCGAAUUGGUCGUACCAGGCCUAGAAUUCAUGGACACUUCGUACGGAAGCAUGGUACAACACGGCUACAGACCACCAAUCCCUUAUAGACCUGUAGGAUACGGUUUGAGAUCCAUUAAUCCAGACGACCUUCUCGGCUUCAGCCUAAACGCGGAAGAACUGGAGGAACUGCACGACGAGAUCGGCGACAGGAUGCCUAGGAACUCGAAGGACCAGAACAAGAAAAUCUUCCAAUUAGUCGCUGCGAAAUGCUGUCGAAACGAGAACUUUUGCUACGAUCAUCCAGACCUGAUCCCUUGCAUGGGAUUUUAA